AUGGAUGAUAAAUUAUUUUUUAAAGUAUUUAGGAAUAUUUAUUUGCAAAAAGAGAUAUUUAAACAUUUAGAAUAUUAUAGGUUGGUUUUUUUAUUUAGUUCAACAUCAAGAUUUAAAUUUAAUGCCAUUACAAUUAGUAAUUAUGAAUAUAGAGAAUAUUUAUCAAGUAUUCAUAUAGAUAAAAAGAGUAAUAAUAUUGGAAUAAACCCAUUGACAGCGUUGGAAGAUAUUAACCAUUCAACAGGUUGUUUUAUGAAACCAUUACCAGUAAGUGUAUCGAACAAUAUCAUACAACCAGGACAAAUACCAGAAUCGGUUGAAAAGUUAACAGUUCAUUCAACUGAUAUUAUUUGUGUUGGUUCAUUCUCUCAAGUAAUUUCAAACACAUCACCUGAUAAAAACUAUAAUUGUAAUAUUAAAUCAAUAAAUUUCACAAUUCAAUGUAUAUUCCCAAAUGGUAUAAUCUAUGGACUAAUUCCAGAAUCUGUCAAAAACUUAGAGAUUCAUAGUAAAAUAAUAAAUCAAAAACCAAUAUUCAUACCAAACUCUGUGGAGAAAUUAUCAUUCUAUUGGUUCAAUCAACCGAUUUUACCCUCACAAAUACCAGAUUCUGUAAAACAUUUAUCAUUAGGUGUUAUAUUUAAUCAAAACCUAUCAAUUGAUACUUUUGGUGACAAUUCAUUAUUGGAAUCAAUAGAGUUUGGUUAUGAUUUUAAUAAACCAAUUCAGUUUGGUGUUUUAUCUAAAUUAAAAAAUUUAAAAACUAUUAAAUUUGGUAUAUCUUUCAAUCAACCAAUUAUACCAUUUUCAAUACCAGAACAAGUAACUUCAAUCAUUUUUAGAGGAGAAUAUAUUAUUCCUUUUCCUCCAAAUUCAAUACCAAAAUCUGUAAAACUUAUUCAUAAUCAAGCAUCAUUACAAUUAUCAUCAAAAUAA